CAUGACCCAAUCAUAUGCUUUCCUAUUACAGUCUCAAAAGAGAUCGACACUGUGACGGCACACUGUUUUAUGGAAUUUCUCGAUGGUUGACGUCGAGAUAUUCUGCUGCAGAGGUACAGUCCUAGCAAAGACAUCUUCACAAUUCACAAUGUCGCGCUCAUUAUCUCAAAAAAUCUACUCCGACGUCUUUGCGCGCUGGCCAAAGCAAGCGCUUCGUCCCGAUCACCAACUCCAAGAUGUCCUAGGCAAAGCCGUGACCGAGCGAUUCCAGAACUAUAAGCCUUCUAUGGAACGUGAGGAGCUUCUUAAGGCGCGGGCGCUUCAAUUCCUCCUCCAAGACCGAUAUAACGAUCGAUUCAAGCUCAAGGGUAGAUUGCUUGAGCCAAAGAGUCAACCGACAUAUUUUGCGGAUCUCGUGAGGGAAAUUGAAGAAGCGCCGAACAGAUCAUGGUUGGAGAGACUGGGCAAACGAUUAACAGGAAUGAUUCGGUUCCAGUAAUUGAUGGACGAGAAAACGACUUGGUGCAUGGAGAAAGAGUCCCAAAGAAGGACAUUGACAUCUGAGUUGUAUAUGUAUUGUACUUGUACAUUGUAUCAAAAGCGAUUCCCCGUAUUUGCUGAUGUGCCCAUAUUCAACGCCCUCCAGAUCGCUCAACCCUGUCUAGAUGUACUUCUCAUCCGGAUCUAUCUUGUUAAACCACACUUGGAUCUGCUCAUAGGCAGUAAAGACCAAUCCUCCGGAAACUACCAACCUCGCCAAGCGUGGCAGCGCAC